AUGCAGAUCGCAGCUUCUACGACUCCAUUACCAAUUCAAAGCGUUCGUGCAUCGACUCCUUCGUCCUUCCAAUACGGUCCGGUCGAGCCUGGCAGAUUCCAGCAGGCCAUAUCUACACCUGAGGGACCACAGGUAGGCGACCUCAAUAUCUGGAAUCUGCACAACCCACGCGAACGAUUCUGGGCUGCGAGGACAAGGCAGCUACAAGCUAGUCAUGUUUCUACUUAUGACAGGCUGUGGUCCUGUCUGCCAUUCCUGAGGCCCAUGGUAACCAUAAUCCGGGACUCGCUGGCUGAUUAUGGAGUCGAUGAGUUUGGUGGACGAUGUCAUGAUUUACUAGGUACACGAUGUGAUCCUUAUGUCAAUACUAUGCUUACGGGAGACUCGUACGAUUACCAUUGCCACUCUAAUCUUACCCGAGCGGUCUUACCAUACGGUCUGACGGAAUUCGACGUUCAUGACGUGCUGAAUGUCUUUCAAGUCACUGGUCUAGACAAGGAUGGUAGAUACUUUAUGGAGGCUUCACCAGCAAAGAAAGGCGACUACAUCGAGUUCUUUACGGAGCAACCAAUGCUUAUGGCGUUGUCUACAUGUCCGGGUGGCGACCUGAGCACGUGGGGCUGGGGCGAGGGAGGUUGUGGAGAGGAUGGAGAGGCCAAGACUAUGCUCGAUUGCUGUCGGCCACUGAAAGUCGAAGUGUUCAGGCUGGAAGAUGAGAGCGUUCUGGCAGGCUGGAAGGAGCCACGGGUAUCUGCUUACAAGGGUAGUCAUGGUAUGACAGUUCCUGGUGGAGAGGCACGGAAGCAAUGA